UCACAUUUACGUGUAGAGUUUGAAAGAACUGAAAAUCAAAUGGAAAGUCAAGAAAAAAGCGAAGAUGUAACGAAUCUCGCUAACGUGAUUACAGAAUUAUUGGUGCGAAUAGAAACUCAAAAUAGAGAAAUAGUAGAAAUAAAAAAACAAUUAACUGAAUAUUAUGAAAAGAUA